CCGGAAGUGAACUCAACUUUAUUUCCUAUUGUUGAUACAGUCUGGCGUAACUCCGCAUACACAUCUUCUUCUUUACUGUAUUCGGGGAUUUAUGAUGCGUUUUAGACGCGACUGAGGUUCAGUUUAUUGCAUCAUUUAUUGGCUUGUUUCCUUCUCGUUUUUCCUCUCUUCUCGGCUAAAAAAACGAAAGGAUUUAUUGUUGAGAGACUAACGGAGCGGGUCUUUCUCUCGCCAUGGCCGAGCCGCGUUGUUUUCAAACGCAGCUGAACUCCAUCAUGGAGAUCAUGAGCAGGGCGGUCGUGAGACAGAUCUGUAAAAUCGUAGACAGCGACUUGGCGUCUUUACGACUGGAGCUGGAGCGCGCGCUUCACGACAACGCGGCUCUCGGGGACAAAAUGCGCGUGCUCGAGAGCGAAGUGGAAACUAUGCGGAAAGCGGGAGCGCGCGCUCGGCGCAAGAGCUGCCGGUCUGUGUGCAUUCAGACAUCGGAAGACGCUCCACCCUCCAUUAACGGCAUCUUCGGGAAGGAGUGGUGCUCCAGUCUGUGGGACGGCAGGCCCAGGCCAGGAGAGGAGGCGGUCGAGGUGGAGCCGGAUGUGUCUGAUGAGCCUGAAAACGAUGACGACUGCAACGUGCGCAGUGUCAAGGAGGAGGUUUCUGAGCAGGAAAUCUGCGUCAUCAAUCCAACGUCAGGGAACAAAAGAAAUACAUCCACAGCGCCAAGAGAUCCUCAUGACGUCUCUGAAGACAUGGCUGACGACGACGACAUAUGCUUCAUAUCUGCAGGAUUUCCGGGGACAUCCGACGUCGACACCAUGGCGCCGGAUUCCCCGAGAGCCGCUGCCACCAAGCUCAUAUCUAUGGAUGGCACGGUUCAGCAUGUCAUCGUGUCAGGCGACGACGACGACGACGAAGACAACGAGGAAGAAGACCGGGUGGAGUUUGACCAGCAUUGUAUGCCCAUCGAGUUUAUGGAGGGCGAACGGGGAGAAUCCGCAGCGUUCGAGAGGCAGGACGAGGUGGAGCAGGGGGCGGAGCAGGACAUUUUAACCGAUUCCGAGUGCAUGUCCGGCUCAGGCGGAGGUGCUGGUCACAUUUUUAAUUACUUCGACAGAUUCAAUAUCCAUCACCAACCCGUUCCAGGCGACGACUCUGCUAAGACGGACUUCACCUGUCCCGAAUGCGGGAAGACGUUCCUGCGUCGGAACGGCCUCACGUUGCACAUGAAGAGUCACCAAAAGCAGAACGCUCACGCGUGCCGCACCUGCAAGGUCGUCUUCCCGCAAAAGAACCUCCUCCGGACGCACAAGUGCCUGCCUCCGGAAAAAACUCUGGCCAAAACGGCGGACAUGAGGUUCCGCUGCGAGAUGUGCGGCAAAUAUUUUCACUCCAAAGCCAACCUGAAGGUUCACUACGCCGUGCACACGGGAGAACGGCCUCACACGUGCAGCUUCUGCGGAAGAGGGUUCUCGCAGAAAGGAAACCUGACCACUCACGAGCGCAUCCACAAGGGAGAGCGGCCGUACGUGUGCACCACCUGCGGGAAAAGCUUCACCCAGAAAGGCAACCUGACUCACCACCUGGCUAUUCAUAGCAAGAUAAACAACAGAAUGAGGAACGCUGUUGAAAAAUGGCAGUGACUUUUUUUUAUUAUUAUUAUUAUUAUUAUUAUUAUUAUUAUUAUUAUUUACAUACAGAAUAACAAAAAAACUGGAUAUCAUCUCUGGAAAGAAUGUUUUUUCUAAUCAAUUUAUUUCACUUUCUGUUUGUCAGUUUUAUCAAGUCUCCUCAUUUUUUUUUUUGUUGUUGUUGUUAUUUUUUUGUAGGUUUUUAACACCAAAAUUUUACAAGGGGGUGGGGGGAGAAGCUAACGUGAGAAUUUUGUAUAACUAAUGCCUGAGCCACACUAGAAGAGAAUCAGGCUGAGUUUUACGGCUGGUUCGUCCUGAUUUUAGACUGGUUUUAAACAAUUGUGUGUGUGUGUGUGUGUGUGUGUGUGUGUGAACAGAAUGUAGAGACAGCCUGAAAUAUGAAUUGGGCUGCAUGGAAAGGGGAAAGAAUUUUAAAAUCUCCUGCCGAGACGACGUUUGGCCGGCUUUCACGGACAAUACGACGUAAUCGCAGAGCGUCGUAUGGAGGCUUCGCUCGUCGUGCCGUGUUCUCGUUGUGCGACGGCCCAUACGCGCCCGCAGAGAUUAUCCGAGCUUGUAAGUUUUUGUUGUGCAAUCCUCAUGGACGUCGUCUACACGUUAAGCACUCCUACGCGAGGGCCAGUACGUCGCUUUUUAACUUGCGAAGGUGGUUACGUCUUCACGUAAUCCCCCGAGACGUCGUCUCCACCUUUGGCGGCUGCAUUACGUAAGCUCCGCCUCUCCGUAACGGUUAGGAGACAUGCAGAGCUUAUUAGAGUCUUAACACAGGGUCAGUUGCGCCGCUAACGUCCAUAGAUCCCGUGUUACUUACUCAGAUUUUAACAGUGACGUCAAACCCGUGUUUGAAACGUCAUCUCGGCAGUCCGUUUUCUGGUUUCUAAGUUUCUCGCCGUUUAAGUAUGGUAUAACCGAGAAGGACGGCGUGGGAGUGGCGCAAAGAUGGCCGACCUAAAUUCCUAAGGUCCAAUCAUGGGACCGGUUUGAAAGCCAUCCACCUGUCUAUUUUCCAUGCCGCUUAUCUUGUACAGGGUCGUGGGGAGCCUGGACGCCUACCCCAGGGACCUCCAGGCACAAACCGGGGGACGUCCUGGACGGGGCACAAUCGCACACACUUCGGACAAUUUGGAAAUGCUAAUCAACCUACGACACAUGUCUUUGGACUGGAGGAGGAAACUGGAGUACCCGGGGGAAACCCCCGAAGCAUGCGGAGAACAUGCAGAGGCAAACGCCCCGCCCCUCCCCCGGGUUAACUUCAUGAAUAUUAAACAUAUCCAACACUAAACAGUAAGGGAGUCACACACUAACCGAUCCGUGUUGUAUCACGAUCGAUAUAAUCGGCAAGAGCCGAGAUAAACUCGUGUUCGUUUGUUUGGAAUCUGGAGUCGUGUUUGUUCACGAGCUGCUCCACGAGAUCCUGUUGUUCUGAGAGUACGGUUCGUUAGAGAUUCAUGACCUGAAAGCCUGUGGUGUUUUUAAUACUUCUCUUUGUAUCUGGCGUCUCACGCUUUUUAACAACAGUUCGGAUGGUGCGGCCCAGGCAUAAAGCGUUAAUCUCAGCAUCUCGUUUCUAGUUCAUACGUCAAUAGUUAAUCUCAAACUACACUUGUAUAAAAAAAAAUGAAAUAAAAAAAAAAAACCUUUUGCAUUUGCA